AUGUAUCUCUGGAACAAGACAGUUUGUGUAUUGAAGCUUAACUUAAUCUGCAAAUUCAAGAUUUCCAGACGUAUACCCGUCUGCACUGGAUGUGUACGUCUUUGGAUGACAGCAACUGAUCUUGUUAGAGGUUGCCUUAUUGGGGCUGUGAACUUGAAAUCUAGCAACCAGAAUCCCGUGGUACGGGAAUUUGAGAGUGUGGAACUGUCUUGCAUCAUUACCGACUCUCAAACAAAUGAUCCCAGGAUUGAGUGGAAAAAAAUUCAAGAUGAUCAAACAACCUAUGUAUUCUUUGACAAUAAAAUUCAGGGGCAUUUGGCAGGCCGUGCAGAGCUCUUGGGAAAAACGUCUCUGAAGAUCCUAAAUGUGACACGGUCAGACACAGCCUCUUACCGCUGUGAAGUUGUGGCUCGUAAUGAUCACAAGGAAAUUGAUGAAAUUGUCAUUGAUCUCACAGUGCAAGUGAAACCAGUGGCUCCUGUCUGCAGAGUGCCGAAGGCUGUACCUGUUGGCAAGUCAGCAACACUGCACUGCCAGGAGAAUGAGGGCUAUCCUAGGCCCCAUUAUAGGUGGUACCGAAAUGACAUACCUUUGCCAACUGAUUCCAAAGCCAACCCCAGGUUCCGGAACUCCUCAUUUGUCUUGAACCCUGAAACUGGCACACUGGUUUUCAAUGCUGUCCACAAGGAGGACUCGGGCCAGUACUACUGUUUUGCUACCAAUGAAGCCGGCUCCGCCCACUGUGAGGGGCAAGAGAUGGAAGUCUAUGACCUGAACAUUGCUGGGAUCAUUGGAGGGGUGCUGGUUGUCCUGGCUGUUCUAGUCCUGAUAACUCUGGGUAUCUGCUGUGCCUACAGACGGGGUUAUUUCAUCAACAACAAACAGAAUGGAGAAAGCUAUAAGAAUCCAGGGAAACCUGAUGGGGUUAACUACAUCCGGACAGAUGAUGAGGGGGACUUCAGACACAAGUCAUCCUUUGUGAUUUGAAAUCUGACCAUCUGACAGAGAACACAUGCAAAUACCUCCAUCAGAAACUCCAAUUGAGAGCAACAAUAUGAGCAAAGUGCACUUGGAAAGAGCUAGAUCUUAUACAAAACUUGUUUUUCCCUUUGCCAAAGUUGACAAUGAAUUGUCCCCAACAGGGGAUGGUAACAUGGAGAAGAUAGACUGAUUUUGUUCAUUGGUUCGAUCACCAAGUAGGAAUAGCCCUAGCUCUCUGCCUUCCAGGGGUAGCAUACCAUAAAAGCGUCUCCCAAACUGAGUUUUUUCCAUGCCUGCAGCUCAGGGGAUAGAGGCUUGUUCAAGUGUAGAAAUUGUGAGCCCAUGGCACUAAUGGGCUACCCAUCACUCAUUCCCUGACUCAAGUAAACAGUAGUGGGGAGAAGGGAAGGCAGCUGGAAAGGACCUUAGGAGCAUGAAUUCAAAUUUGACUCAACUUGCAGGUGUGGACUUGGAACUAAAUUAUGGGGAAUCUACAAAGCUGAGGCCUUUUAUGCAACUAACCUGUUUUUAAAUUGACCGGCUUUAUAGGCAGCAUUAUGCAAUUCCUUUUUAAAAAUCUUUUAAAAAAAUCAAUGCAGAGUAUCAGU